CCUAUAAAUUGAAUACAGUUAAGUUAACCACACCAAAUUCUGUUAGGAUUGUAGCGAUUUCAAAUAUUUGCAUCAGAAAUCGCAUCAACUACCAUUAGCAACUGUUGGAGAAAGAAUCCAUUGAAUGGUUGAAGAAUUUGGAGCUCCAAUCUGCUCAUGAAUGAGGGCUCUGCAAUUUCUCCGCGAAACUGCUCCUCUCAAUCUAUCAAGUGUUGCGGCGGCUCAUUGUGACGCCAUCAAAUCAUCGCUCAUCACAGACACCUACAUUUCCAACAAACUCAUAAGCAGGUACCAAAAAUGCAAGGAAUUGAACGCCUCCCUGAAGGUGUUCGACGAAAUGCCUCAAAGGGACACCGCUUCUUGGAACACCGUGAUUUCCGGCUACGUCAAUUCCGGGAGUUUUUCCACCUCAUGGGAGUUCUUGAAAACUAUGAAAGGACUCGGCUUUCCGUUCGACGCCUAUACUUUUGGCAGCAUGCUCAAGGGCAUUGUAGCAAGUGGCGGAUUAAUGUAUGGCCGGCAAGUUCAUGCUGAUAUUGUGAAGAUGGGAUUUGGUGAUAAUGUAUAUGCUGCUAGUGCUCUUCUGCACAUGUACGCCGUGUGCAGUGGAGUUGAGGAUGCAAAUAAGGUGUUUAGGCACAUGAAGGAGAGGAAUACCGUUUCUUGGAAUACUUUGAUUGGGGGGUUUUCGGAGGUCGGAAAUCUGCGUCGUUGUCUUGAGUUGUUUCGGUGUAUGGAGAUUGAAAGUGUUGGAGUCGAUGAUGCAACGUUUGCACCUAUUCUGACAUUGCUCUGUGAUGCUGAGUUUUAUGAGUUGACAAGGCAGAUACAUGGGAGCAUUAUGAAACGGGGGCUGGAGUACGAGAGCACUGUGCUUAACGCCACGAUAACUGCGUACGCAGAGUGUGGAAGCAUUGGAGAUGCCAAGAAAGUGUUUGAUACAGCUGUAGAGAAUCGGGAUUUAGUGACAUGGAACUCGAUGUUAGCGGCUUAUUUGGAUCAUGGUCUGGAGGAAUGUUGCUUCACUAUUUUCUUGGAUAUGAUGAGAGGGAGGUUGACGGUGGAUGCUUACACGUGCUCCACUGUUAUAAGUGCUUGCUCUGGAGAUGCAAAAUGGAGCCUCGGAAAAUCCUUGCAUUGUCUAGUGGUAAAGAGGGGAAUGGAGCAGACAACACAAGUAUCUAAUGCAUUGAUUUCUAUGUAUUUGAAAUCUGAUGGUCAAAACAUGGAGGAUGCCGUGAGAGUUUUUGAACAUAUAGACGUGAAGGACCAUGUAUCGUGGAACACAAUUCUGACCGGUUUGUCACAGAACGGGGCCAGUGAAAAUGCCAUAAGGCUCUUCCAGCAGAUGCAUCUGAAUUACCUGAAAAUCGACCAAUAUGCCUUUGCAGCAGUCUUGAGAUCUUGCUCGGAUUUAGCCACGCUCAAUUUGGGCUGUCAGGUUCAUGUUCUGGUGUUGAAAUCAGGCCUGGAGGAAAAUGAGUAUGUCGCUAGUGCUUUGAUAUUUAUGUACUCUAAAUGUGGGAUCAUUGAAGAUGCUCGCCAAUCCUUUGAGGCCUCUCAGAAGGGGAGCUCCGUGACAUGGAACUCGGUCAUUUUUGCAUAUGCGCAACACGGGCGAGGGAAAGUUGCACUUGACCUGUUUUACCUCAUGACACAGCGACAAGUGAAGCUGGAUCAUAUCACUUUUGUUGCUGCUCUAACUGCGUGCAGUCACAUUGGUUUGGUCGACGAAGGUCUGAACUUGUUGAAAAAUAUGGAAUCUGAAUAUGGAGUUCCAGCCCGGAUGGAGAAUUAUGCGUGUGCAGUUGACUUGCUUGGAAGAGCUGGACGUCUCAUGGAGGCAAAGGAACUGAUCGAUGAUAUGCCUUUUGAAUCCAAUGUGAUGGUUUGGAAAACAUUCUUAGGUGCUUGUAGGGCGUGCGGUGACAUAGAACUUGCGAGUCAGGUAGCUGACAACCUGAUGGAACUCGACCCCGGAGAUCACUGCACUUAUGUUCUUCUCUCUGAUAUGUAUGGCCAUCUUAAGAAAUGGGACGAGAAGGCUGCCAUGAAGAGGCUGAUGAGAGAUAAGAGCAUCAAGAAGGUGCCUGGUUGGAGUUGGAUAGAGUUGCACCACGACGUUCAUUCAUUUAACGCAGACGACCAUUCACACCCCAGAUCCCUAGAUAUAUAUGAUGCACUGGAAGAACUAACGAAUGAAAUGAGAAAUUCUGAUGAUGCUUUGGUCAUAGAUAUUCACCAUGAUGAUCCGGAUCUUGCCAAUGGUUGUAUUCAAGCUGUGCUGGUAUAAGAUGAAGACAUGAUACUCUGUUCAUGAUUAUGAUACACAUUAGAUUAAAUAGUGGUAACUGGGAUUGAUGAUUCAAUUUGAGAUCACUCUAAAAUUCAAUUUUCGACUUGGAAUAUCUUGAUGCUAAGUGGAAUCGAGC